AUGGGCCGCUGGGGUUUCCGCCUGUUCCAGGGCGACUCCGGCCUCGACACGCGCAGCGACAUCGAAGCUACUAUCGUGGUCAUGGUAGAGGACGAAAAGAUGGCUGCUAUGAUCCUGGAUACGGCUGAGAAGCGCGAAAUCGCCAAGAAGAUUCUGCAGGUGGACGGGGAGUCCGAUCAGCUCUAUCUAACCAAUCAUAUUGACGACCCUGGCGUGCGCAAGAUCCUCGACUCCUGCGUCUGCGAAGCUCUCUUCAAAACUUACCGCGGCGACAAGUGGUCCGAGAUUAUCUUUGGGGCCAUGAUGAUGCAGGCCGGCGCCAGGAUCAAGAAAGGGGACCUGAAGCGGCUGCGCAAGAUCGUCUCAUAUUUCCCAUAUGGUGAUACUGAACUUCCCGAGAAUGGCUUUGAAAACGUGGGCCAGGCUCAAUUCGCUGCAGCUGUGGACAACUAUCAGGCCGGGGUUCCGCGCAACUUUGACACUGCCAGCUGUGACCAGUGCGGAAUGAUUGAGGAUGACAUCAGCCACAAACUGCUGGAGUGCCCCAACUGCACUCUCUCGUGGUGGUGCGACGAGGCACCUAACGCCGAUAAGCAUGGCGAGGAGUGUUUCGGCUUUGCGGAGAAGCAUGGUUCACGGCGCCCUCAUGAGCCUGGUGAGGGAGGUCUGAGCCUGAUGCACGCUUUCUUGCGUGGUUAA